AUGCUGUCAAAAGAAACGCGUAAUCAAGUCAUUAAUAAAUUAACUACACAUUUUAUCGAUUUACCAAAGUUGGAUAAAAAUAAUAGCAUAUAUACAGAAGGUGAGCAUCAAACUGAUUCUUAUUGGGUUUUAGGUUCACAUUGUCCACUAUGUAGAGAAAAUCAUAUGAGUUUGCAAGGGAUCCCAUUCGACGAGGUACUAGAAGCCUUUCCUGAAAAUACAAAUUAA